GACCAAAAAAAUAAGAGUGAUAAAUAAAGGGGCCUUUUUUCUCUUUCCAUUUGUUUAUAUCUUUCAGGUGGCCUUUUGCUAAAUGGUUCAAUGUCUGGGCACCAUCCGGCCCUCUCCUUCUCUAAGCUAUUUUGCUACUUACAAACGCCAACUAUCAUUCCGUAGCUCCCCCAUCACAGCUCCUGCAAAUGGGUUCUCUCCCUUCAGACGAAUUUUCAAUGCUUACCUUCAAUCUAAAUCAGCAACCACCGGCGCUGGCUCACGGUCACCUUCUGAACCGUCGGAAAUCAUAUUUAUAGGUACAGGUACUAGUGAAGGAAUUCCACGCGUGAGCUGCCUGACAAAUCCUUUAAAGACAUGUGAGGUUUGCUCGAAAGCUGCGGAACCAGGUAAUAAAAAUCGGAGACUCAAUACAAGCAUCCUUGUUCGUUAUCCUAGACCAUCUGGAAGUUGUAAUGUUCUUAUUGAUGCUGGAAAGUUUUUCUACCACAGUGCUCUAAAAUGGUUUCCUUCCUAUGGGAUAAGAACAAUUGAUGCGGUUAUUAUUACUCAUUCUCAUGCUGAUGCAAUUGGAGGUCUGGAUGACCUUCGUGAUUGGACAAACAAUGUUCAACCCCACAUUCCUAUAUAUGUGGCCCAGCGUGAUUUUGAGGUGAUGAAAAAGACUCAUUAUUAUUUGGUGGAUACAAGUUUCGUCCUUGCUGGUGCUGCUGUCUCAGAGUUGCAAUUUAAUAUCAUACACGAGGAUCCAUUUUCAGUACAAGGGUUGCAGUUUACCCCUUUACCUGUGUGGCAUGGUCGUGGUUAUCGUUCCCUUGGAUUUCGUUUUGGUAAUGUUUGUUAUAUUAGUGACGUCAGUGACAUACCUGAAGAAACUUAUCCACUUCUGAAAAACUGUGAACUUCUGAUUCUGGAUGCUUUGCGGCCAGAUCGGUCUACUGCAACACAUUUUGGACUUCCAAGGGCUUUGGAGGAAGUACGGAAAAUCCAACCGAAGAGAACUUUGUUCACUGGUAUGAUGCAUCUGAUGGAUCACGAAAAGGUGAGUGAUUAUCUUAUGAAAUUGAUGGAGACUGAGGGUCUUGAUGUACAACUGAGCUAUGAUGGACUUCGUGUACCAGUAGCAUUCUAGCCGUAAAUGGCUUCACAUUUCAAGUGGCCUCAUUUCUUUCCUUGAUUAAGACAGAUUACAUGUAUUUUUUUUUUUUAAACCUCAAUUGUGAAUUGAUCUUUCAUUAGCUUUGCAAUAUAAAUUUCAAUUGCCACUCA